AUGGACGCACGCACGAUUCAAGUAGACCUCUCCCCCAAACCCGGGUUUUGCAUCAAGUCUACUGCACUACAAUCUGCCACAUGCAAUCUGCAACUGUCGCCCUCGUCCUCUAACAAGAGCCAAGCAAAGGAUGUCACGAUACUUUCUGGUGCGAUGACGAUACUCAAAGGCAUGAAGGUGUUCUUGAACAUAGCCUGGGACGCUAACGUCCCGCCACCGCCGGAGGGCAGCGAAGAGACAAUACGCAAGGCUAUGUCGGGCGAGGAGGAAGUAGACGAGGACGCGCUUGCAAACGGUCGCGCGUGGUUUGUACCAGUAAUCGUCUCUGAGCCGCGUAUGGACGCCGACAAAGCCGGCAAGCCCUCGGUGGUAAUUGACUGUGUGUACAACUUGUUGCUGAAGUCGCGCUCAGCCAGAGACACUGCCUUCCGCACGUUCCUUAUCGAGCUGGCACUGCAGCGCAUAGAGGCGCAGUACGGCUUAUCGCUGUCGCGCGAGAUCGGUACGCCGAACAUCGCAUCCAAAGGCAAGCUCGUGCCGCGGAGCGCGCUUGUGCCCCUUGCGCUGUUCCCGGCUGCGCAUACCCUCAAGGCACAGGUCGAGAAGGAUCAGAAGCGGCUUGUCGAAGAGACACCCGCGCAGGCGACCUCGCAGCCGAAAGGAAUUCUCAAGCGGGGACCCGCGGUGGCAGACGCUGGUGGAGCGCAGGAGAGACCCUUAUUUGAGUGGACGAAAGAGGGCGAGAGGAUCAAGAUAAUUGUAGACGUACCGAAUCUUACGCACGAGGAUGUCGCUGCAGCCGCCUUAGAUGUAGAGCCCCGUCGAAUCAUACUGGACGUGCCGUCGCUCUACCACCUUGACGUAGACCUCUCCAUGUCCGACGCGCAGAUUAUGUCGAUGUUUGGGGGUACAUCUAGCGAGAGCUCGCCGUUGAUGCUCAAGCGUCAAAGAGAGUUUGAUGUCGACAGCGCCACGGCAGAAUGGCGAGUACGGGAGCGUACCCUGAUUUUGUACGCAUAG